AUGUAUUCGAUCAACUUGCCAAUUCCAAUUUCCACCAUACCCUUGACCCCCCUCCAGAAUGCUCGGAUGCCCCUUCUGGCAAGGCAUGGAAGCAGCCGGAGAGUUUAUUCGCCCGCAUUGCUUUGUCACCCCGGCGUAAACAAUCUGAUUGACAGACAUACCGCGGGCGUACGCCGCACUUCCUCGAAAAAGAAGCUGUGGAGUUCUUUCCACAUGAGCGAGUCAUACCAAGAGCCAAAGGUACACGCUGCCAGGCCCGAAUUUCAACCCCGACACAUGUCACUCAGUCAUCAUUCUGCUUUGAAGAGGGCGAAGCAUAUGCCAGGGGCAGAACUCAGAGAAAUCCAUCACUGCCGUGACGUCAACCUGACCAAUUGGCGGGCUGCUUGUUUCCCAAUUGUGGGGUCAUGGCCUGAAGAUGAUUACCAUGAUGGCCAGACCGUCGAUGGAGCUACCCAUGUUACACUCAACUUUGAUACCCAAGAUACCCUCUCAAACCAAAUCAAAUAA